UCACUGUGGCUAUCUUGUCCUUAAGCUCGAGUUGACACUUGAUAGAGGGCUAUGACCGAGAGCCGACAAGGUGCGGAGUCGAGGAAGGCACGGGAGCGAAGGUUAAAAACAGGAAGGCGCAUGCGAGUCCUCGGAGCAACAGCGACGUCAGGGAUCGGCUUUUGACUGGCUUGGCGACGGAAUUUCUGGACGGCGGCGCAGCUGACAACUUCGAGGACAAUUCAUCAUGUUCAGAGCGCAACUGCGCCGUCGACCACCUGGCCCCCUAUUCAAUGCCUGUCGCAAAUCACUGGUAUCCAGCUAUGCCAGCGUGAAGCCCGUUGUCCGCCUGCAAAAGGCGACAAUCUACAAAGACAAUCCGGACCAAAAAGAUGCGACGCCCAUCUUCCGCGACCUAAAUUUCACCCUGCCAACGGCAGGCGAGUGCUGGGCUGUCGUCAGUUCCUCCUCGUCUGCCCGUACUGGUUUCCUACAAGUCUUGAAUGGCAGGUAUCUCUGCACGCCGCCCGACGCUCGCUCAUAUCCCUACUUGAUCUGGCGCAAAUCAUUACCGGAACACGCCAUCAGCUAUGUUGGCUUCGAUGCAGAGAGAGACGGCCUAGGCGGGACUGCUGUCAAAGGCGCUUAUCUGAGCUCACGCUACGAAUCACACCGUGAAGUCACGGAUUGGUCUCUACUGAAUUAUCUCGAGGGAAAUACCGAGCUGAAUGCUUUGGAGAAGGAGGAUUCCGUGGACACGCAGUUGUUGGCAAAGGUCAUUGCGGAUCUGAAUUUGCAGCCGCUUCUACAACUACCUGUCAGCAACCUCAGCAAUGGCCAGACUCGUAGGGCUCGCAUCGCGAAAGCAUUGCUGGCCAAGCCCGAACUCCUCUUGCUCGAUGGUCCGUUCAUGGGCCUGGAUCCCAGAACUCAACUCUCAAUCUCCUCGUUCCUCCAGGAUUUGGCCCAGAAUAACAAUCCACGCGUCAUUCUCUCUCUUCGCCCUGAAGACGAGAUACCUGACUGGAUCACUCAUGUACUGUUUAUAAGUCCGGGGAACAAGGUUUUGCUACAUGGCGACAGGGAAAAAGUCUUCCUGUCUAUUCCUCAGACUGGUGUCAAGGCAGGAGAGGCUCGUCUUACCUGGCAGGCUUUUCGCUCGAAUCUAAAGCCUCGUCUACGUGGCAUCAGAGCUAAGCCAAGCGAGCGUAAUUUGUCUCGUGAUGCAUUCCACUUCACACAUUCUCCACUUCCGGUUGGCGAACCUUUAGUCGAGAUGCAGGGCGUCAAAGUAUCUUACAGUGCAAACGACAAGCCAACGAGACGGACAGUCUUGGGCGAUUGGUCCGAGUCCGUUGACGGUACCCAAAAAGAAGGUCUAUGGUGGAACAUUCGUCGUGGUGAGCGCUGGGGUGUCUUUGGUCCAAAUGGUUCGGGCAAGACCACUCUUCUGUCACUCAUCACCUCAGACCAUCCUCAAACCUACGGUCUCCCUAUCAAGCUUUUCGGCCGCUCUCGCAUUCCUUCUCCAGGCGAGCUCGGAAUCAGCAUCUUCGAGCUUCAAUCUCGCAUAGGACACAGCUCCCCUGAAGUCCACACAUAUUUCCCCAAACAUCUGUCGGUUCGUCGCGUGCUAGAGAGUGCGUGGGCCGAUACACCCCUUUCAAAGCCGCGAUUGACGCAUCAACACGAUUGCCGAGUUGACGCCUUCCUGCGUUGGUUCGCUCCAGAACUAUCACCGACUGGUAUCAGCGAGCUCCAAACAAUCUCAAAUAGCUGCAUGCGUGGCAACUGGCGUCGCAGCGGCGACAUGAGGGCCAGACUAGAGGGCUUGCUCGUCCGCAACAACGACCUCGACUGGGCAGACAGUACGACUUUCAGAGACCUGUCCUUCAGCUCGCAACGCUUGAUUUUGUUCCUUCGAGCAAUAGUCUCCAAUCCAGACCUCAUCAUCUUGGAUGAAGCUUUGAGUGGUAUGGACAAGCAUGUCCGCGAUAAGUGUUUGCUUUUCCUAUCUCAUGGUGAGAAGAUACAAUUCAAGGGCAAGAGUCGGGCAAAUUCCGCAGGCACCAGGUUUGUCAAGAGCUUGCAAACAGACAAUGACAUGGUCAACUUUGGUGGUUUGGAGGACAGACAGGCAUUGUUGACGAUCAGCCAUAGCAAGGAAGAUAUUCCCGGCUGCAUCAGGCAGUGGAUCUGCCUCCCAGAACCUGGCGAAGGCAAGCCAGCCAGAGUUGGUGAAUUACCAGGACCGCUAGAAUUCAAUGUCAAUGGUUGGGAACACAUCUGGAACCUGCCACUCCCUGAGCCGCCUGCUAAGAGAGGGCAGUACAAGAGGGUGCCAGGAGUUCACAGAAGCUCGUCCGAUUCAAGGUCAAGGAGCAGGGCAGAGGGAGAAGAACAAGAACAAGAACAAGGGGAGGAAGAAGUAGAAGGAGCUGUUCAUGAUCAUAGACCUCAAUAGAGAUGUACAUUACCUGUAGCAUGUAGAAAGACCCAUCACGACUUGCAUCAUGGUCACAGUUGCGGGGUGAGCAUCGCUCGUUCUGGCUCUCGGGCGAGCACGGGUAAGCCGCUUCUUUUGACCUCAACUCAACUUUCCUUAAACAAAGUCAUGCAGCCACCACUAAUAUAAGUCGUUUCAGGC